AUGAGGAAAGACUUUCACACAAGAAUAUGCUUGACCGGAUUCCGGCACAGCUGCACGGCACGAAUAUCACUAACCUACGAAAUGAUGCCAAAAGCUGCCAAAUUCGGUACGGGGGUUGGCGAGGCAAUUUCAGCUGUUCAACGUCGGCUUUUCGCUUCAUCCUUUCCUACCACAAUGCACGAACAAUUGUUUCGGCUUUCAGAGCUACAAAAUAUCUUCAAUGGCCACUGCUCCUGGUCCCCCACCUCCAAUACCGAAUGGGUUGACGGACCGCCACCAGUCGACUGCGAAUCUGCGGUUGAUAUGAGACUCGGAAUUAUCAAAAGCGACCUCGACAAACUGCUCUCCACUUUGGCUGAAAAAUCCCACCUCGCAGAUUCAACCCAUCUACUGGAGCUAGCAAACAACCCUCCGAGGAAAGCUUCAUCUACCCCCACUCUCAAAUCCGGUUUAUGUCCGAGCGUAUAUCGCACUCCACCUUUUGAUUCUAAUGCAAUACUUUCCGCCAUGUCAAAUAAGUCUGCGCGUACCGUCUGUACCGUUGCACAUACACCUGGUGUGUGUUCAACGAAGCGAAGACGCACCCGGACCAAUUUUUCCGGACAGCAGCUUACAGAGCUUGAGCUGAUGUUUCGCACGAGUCAUUAUCCAAGUAUGUGUGCUCGCGAGGAAUUGGCUCAAAGAUUGGACCUUCCAGAGUCACGUAUACAAGUAUGGUUUCAGAAUCGGCGGGCAAAAUGGCGCAAGAGAGAAAAUACACGUAAAGGUCCUGGGAGACCAGCACACAAUGCGAAACCCUUGACCUGUUCCGGUGAACCGAUAGACCCACAAGAACUGUUGAGACGCGAAUUCACCAGGGUAGAAAGGCGUCGCAUGCGACUAGUCAAAAAGCAACUUCAAAUGGUUCAGCGACGAAAGUGCACUAUAAAUGGGAAGCCCGAAACUCCUUUUGCGAGUGUGACCUAUACAUGGAAGCAAUCAAUGAUGCUAGGGCAAGAAUUUAAUGAGCAACAAGAAUGUAAUUCUAACGUCCGUUUUCCAAGCCGCGUUUCUAUGGAUUCCGAUAACUGUGGAGACAGCCAGAAGACAGAAAUGCCUAACGAAAUUAUGCCCCACCCAGUGCAAAUCAAGAACCCAGUGAAAACAGUGCAUUCCAUAAUGCAUCAAUUUCCCAUCUACACAAAAGAAACAGUGUAUUGCGAAUUGAAGAAAAGUCCACUUGGUGAUACGUUGGAUGUAUGCGAUAUGGCCUAUACCACGAAGCAGAAUAU